UAAGGUCAAAGGUUUCGAUUCCGCCGGAGGCGCGUUUGUCGUUUUUCAACGCUGGAUUCUCAAAUUGCUGGUUUGACCGGAAGCCGCCGAUCACAGUUGUGUCGCUGAUUCGAGUUCAGCAUGGUUUCCUCCUGAGUAAAUCUUUUUCGCAUGCGGCUUCUUAUUCCCAGGAGAGAACCUUACUUCUGGGCAGAAAAAUGACUGGCAACUCACCACAAAUGCAAAUCUGCCCCUACUGCAAAAAGCAGUUUAAACGUCUCAAGUCUCACCUACCUCACUGUAAGAUGGCAGAUAGUGAAGAUUCAAGAGAAGCUUUGCCUCUCUUCAGAAAAGCCUGUGAUUCUGUUACAUCUGAGCAGCUAAAUACUGAGAAAAAGAAAUGGCAGAUCCAAAGCUUAGAAACUCCCCCCAAAGAAGAAAGCAAAAAAAGUAAAACUAACUUGGUUACAAAAAAAGGAAGAAGAAAAAAUAUUGGAGUAAUGGGAGCAAUUGUAAACAGUGGUCUGCCUGAAGAAAAGCAAAUUAAAAGUACUAGUGAAAAGUCACCUCAAACAAGGGAGAAUAAAAAAACUUCAGAAGAGCUUUCAGCAGCAGUAGAUAAAAAGCUGUUUCUAAAGAUAAACCUGCCAGAGAAAUUAUCCACAGUCGAAAAAACCAGUAGAACCCCUUUACCUCAAGAAGAAAUUAUACCUACCAGUAGUCUUAAUUUAGAAUCACUGAUACAAAGUGGAAAAGCCACUUCAGAGCCACAGCAGAAACCCUGUGUAAAACAGAAACAGAACAUAAAGUCGUCGGUAGAGCAGAGUGUGUCCCUUUCAACUAAUAAUUUCAUUGAGAGUCUUCAACCAGUUCCUCAAGAACUUGGUGACAGAAUAGAACAAAUCACUGCUUCUCAUCAUGUGACAGCAUUAGAAAACAGAUGUGAAUCCUCUGGUCAUAAUAGCCUGUUAAAUGAAAGUAUCCUUGAUAACAGUAAGGCAGGACAAAGGCCUCUGAAAUCAGUGUCAGGAGGAGCAAGCAUUGCCCUGACCAACAGGCAGCAAAUUAUUACAGGCAGUGUGGACAAGAAGAGCAUUUUAGAACUUGAAGGAAAUGUCAAAAAUGGAAACACAGAAAAUGACAUGUCCAAAAUUAAAGCAUGCACAUCACAGGACCAUGUUGUGGACAACUAUGGAAGGGUUACCAGAGGUCCAGUCCACUUGUUUAAAAGUAAGUUAGAUGCAAAUUCUUUAUUUCUCAAAGCAGAGGAUUAUCCUAAGGAACACCUCAUUGAUCCAGAUCUUAAGCCUAAAGUGUAUCCCACAUUCACAGAAGUUCUCAGAGCAACGGGAGUUGAUAAAACUUCUACUAGCCACUUAAGUGCUUUGGAGAAAAAUACUGAUUUAUGCCCAAGAGCCACUGAGACAAAAGAAGGUAAAAAAUCAGUGAUGGGUUUAAGAAAACCCUCACCCCAAGAGUUAGAAAUGACUACUUCUCCAGAACAAAGCAUACAAGUAUCUGCAUUAGGACUGGAGUGGUUCACUGAACUGUACCCCAAUUACCAGAAGCUGGGCUUAUUUUUAGAGAGACAGUCACAAUGGGAUGCCAAAAUAUCAGAAGCUCACAUUCUGUUUUGUGACAAUCACAAAGUUCCUCUGGCAGAAAAGAAUCUAAAGGAUAUCAAACCUCAGGGUCUGUCUCCACAGGGGAUACUUGGAGCAACAUUCAGAGCCUGGAAUAGAUACUUCAAUAGGAACAUCAGUGUGAAAAAGCAUGGAUUCCCUGGGAUUUCUUUGCUGCUGCUGGGCUUGUGUACCCUCGGCUAUGCCUGGAGACAUGAUCACAUUAAAUAUAAGCAGAGGAAAUACACUGAUGAAGAUACAACAAUAUAAAUAUAAGACUUGUGUCUAGUGCUCAAUCAUGGACGUUACCUUGGGUCUGGCCAGUAAAGUGGAUAUUACCAGUCACUGCAGAAGUUACAUGAAAACAUUUUGAUAGUAACUUGGCAUCUCUUUAGAAAAGGUAAUCUGUCAUAUUGUAGAUAUUUUUUGCUGAUAAAAAAAAAAACUUUCUGUAAUCCUGCCAUUUCUUGGGCAGGAUCUGAUGUCCAUUUUGCAGCGUUAUUUGAGAUUCCCUUUCAUCUGUGGAGUGUAACCUAGUGGAGACAGUGCUCUCUGGAAUGCCUUCUGACACCUGGGGAGCUCAGUUCAGGUCCUUCCUGGAUCCUGCAAGUGCUGGGAGUGGAAAAACACUCAAGACAUCCCAGUAGGAUACAUUAGGGCUUGAUUUUCUCCCCUGUCCUGUUAAACUUUUGUGUGAAACUUCUGGGAGAGAUCCUCCUUUGGGUUUGGGUAAGGUGCCAUCAGUAUGCUGUUGACCCUGGAAGCUUAAUGGGAAGUAUUGUGGAAGUCCUGACUUAAAUGGAACAAAGCCAACUAAAUUGAAACCCAGCAAGACAAGAGUUAUUGUUUUUUCUUUUAUUGUGAGGCAGGUGGUUCCUUACAUAGUCAGGCUGCAAGCCCUUUUUAGCUUUGAAUUCUGAAACCAACGUUUUGAACUACAUAGAUGUAGAAAAUGAUUGCCAACUAAUGCAGAUCUUUAUAUUCUAGAGUAAACUUCAUUGUUUUCAUCUAGCUCAGUGGUUCUCAACCUUUCUAAUGCCAUGACCCCAUAAUAUAGUUCCCCAUGUUGUGGUGACCCCCAAGUGGGUGUGGCCACCAAUAAGAGGGAGUAGGACAGCUAGGGAAAAGGGAAAAAAAUGGCGGACAGCGUGGUUUGGCGACCCCCGUGAAAUGGUCAUUCGACCCCAAAUGGGGUCCCGACCCACAGGUUGAGAACCACUGAUCUAGCUGCUACGGACUGAACUUUUCACCUACUUUACAAGUUCAGUUGUAUAUUCGGUGUUUUGUAAUGACCUCAGUAUUACGUAACCAAAAUGUAACUCUUUGUUGCUAAAUCAGAUUUUUUUUAGGAGUGGCUAUUGUAUAAAUAGAGACCUUACUAUUGCUGGCCCCUUGAAAGACCAGGCACAAUACUGAAUCAAAGAACGCCCCCAUCUGCAAUUAGCAAUAGCAAAUACCGUACUUUCCGGCGUAUAAGACUUUCGCAAGCUUUAAAAUUGGCGCCAAAGUCGGGGGUUGUCUUAUACGCCGAGUCAUCUUAUACGCCAGAAAUAACGGUAGUUUCCGGCAUAUAAGACGACUUUCUAGGCAUGCGACUCGGCGCCGAAGACGGGGGUCGUCUUAUACGUCGGGUCGCCUUAUACGCCGGAAUAUACAGUAAUUCAAAUCAAGAGAGUCAAGCCAAACUUUCAGCUAACCCUCAGUAUUAGCAUUUUGUGGAAUUCAUUUAGGUCUGUUCUUUAUUUCAGCUUAUUAUUUUGCUCAGGCAACCUGUCAGCCACUUUCUUGUAUUAAAUUUUGAAAAAUGAGAUAAUACUUGGGUCCAGAUGACCUCUCCCAGCAGCUUCCUGUAGCCAUUAAAUAAGAAAAUGCUUCCAGAGGAUUCUAUCUUUGUUUCCAACCAACUAAAGUUUGUAUUGCAAUUGUUAGCCCAGCUGAAAUGAGUUCAUUUCAAGGUUCAUUGUAGCCCAAAUAUCCGUAUCAUUCAGCUAAAGGUUUGAGAUAAAUGUAUUUGGGGAAGAACGGAAUCCAUCUUCAGAUACAGAAAAGGCAUCAUUUUUCACUGUAUUUGAAGGUCAAGUGCGUUCCAGCACUUUAUUACCACCUACUAUCUGGCCCAUUACUUGCUUCCCACUCAGUUGUCACAAUGCAUCAAUGUUAGCACCAGUGAGCAUCUUACAAACAAAGCAGUGCAAAUUUGGCCUGUACAGCACAAUAUUUGGUUGUCUCUCUGACUACUUGAAUGGUCAGAUGGUUUUUCUAAUGGCAGGGUGUUUCAAUGGUUCAUUGAAAGAAAUUGAUUGAGCAAGAUAGCCACCUAGCUAAGGCCUGCAUCAAGCAAGAAUCACUACCCUCAGGGUAAGAGGGGAUGGGAAGAGGCACCUCAGGAGACCCUCUGGGCAGUGCUUUCCCUGCCUGCCAUCUGUUAGCUCAGAAAUGUGGUCGAUUCUGUCUCAGGGAUAUCUUGAAGAAUUUGCUGUUUAUAUCGGGCCUCCCACACAAACGAGACGAGAAUGCAUGCAAAUCUAGCCGACUACAUGGCUGAGUUGCCUUGAAGCAAGAUGGGCAGUGAAUAAUUUUAUAAUAUACCGUAUAUGCCGGCGUAUAAGACGACUUCCGGAAGCGCUAAACUCGGCGCCAAAGACGGGGGUCGUCUUAUACGCCGAGUCGUCUUAUACAC